GAUCGGUCCGAUUUGUGAUCUUCAACAAGGAAAGAAAUAGACGCGCUACGCACACGAACCUAUCAGCACGAUGUAUGGUUUUCGCCUACAAGAGACUUCGUUGACAGUCUGUGGAAAUUGGCACUUGACCACACAAGGACGAGGCGAUGUGAACUUUUCUCUACGCAUCUUGACUACGCGCAUACAGCCCACAGGAGUACGUAUCCUGACACUCUUAUGCUGGGCAGAAUUGAUGGAUUGGGCAAUAGAGGACGUGCGGACUGGGACGAUGGUGAUCGUGUUGGCUCCGACAACGGGGCAGUGGUUGGCUUGUUUUGCCUUAGGUUUGAUUAACAGGAAGAAUUCAUAUUGGGACUUGAUAGGGAUCGGUGUGAGGUAGCUGUUGAUACUAAUUUAGGGAGAUCUUGUCACGGAGGCUUUGACCAGUGUUUCGACCAUACGGUUCCAUUAUCCCAUUGAGCUUUGUGCGGACUGCGUAAUUCCCAGUCAAGAUCACUGCCUUCUAGCAAGAGCCCAAGC